AUGGCUGCUUCCGACCCCUACAACGUGUCCAAGGCACCAGAUGCGACCGUCGUGUCCUCUGAUGGCGAGCGGUCUGUAGAGAGUAGGUCGACCAGCUGGCUUUUCUUCUGGAAAGGGCCAAGGUCUGCCGAGCAGAAACUCCUUUUCAAGCUGGACAUUUUUAUCAUGACAUGGGCGUGUUACGGAUACUUUAUCCGUCUGCUGGAUACGAGCAACAUGACAAAUGCAUAUGUUUCGGGCAUGAAAGAGGAUCUAAAUAUCCACAAAGACGAGUACAACUACUUUAACACUUUCUGGACUAUCGGCUACAUUGUCGGCAUGAUCCCCUCGCAGAUCAUCAUUACUAGGACCCGGCCGUCCUACUGGCUGCCGGCGGCUGAGGUGGUCUGGGCCAUCAUCACCUUUUGUUUUGCUGCCGUUAAGACGGUGAAGCAGGUCUAUGCCAUGCGCUUCCUGAUCGGCCUUUUCGAGUCUCCUUUUUACGUCGGCGCCAUGACGCUGCUGGGAAAUUGGUACACGCCCAAAGAGCUGGCAACACGUGCUGGCAUCUUCUACUCAGCCUCAUUUGCCGCCAACAUGUUCUCCGGCUACCUGCAGGCCGGCGUCUAUCACGGUCUCAACGGCCACGGCGGCCUGGCCGGGUGGCGCUGGUUGUUUAUUCUGUGUGGAGUCAUUACGUGUCCCGGGGCGAUAUGGGGCUUCUUUGUAGUUCCCGACAGCCCGUACUCGACAAAGGUGUUUUAUCUGUCCAAGGAGCAGGUGGCGCUGGCUAAAGAGCGCAUGGUCAAACUGGACCGCACCGGGUUCGAGGGCAUCAACUUGAAGACAUUUAAAAGCAUCCUGAUGAAGCUGUUUGUCUGGGUCUUUGUGAUCAACUACAUCUUCUUCGCCAUCUACCUCAAGUCCCUAAAGCGGUUUAGUGUGGAGCAAAUCAACACGUUGCGAAACCGGACUGGCGUCGCCUUCGUCGUCACGCUUCUAAAUGUUAUCGCUUGCUCGGUCCUUGCCGCCCAUCCUCACACAGCUGGCGCCUUUGUGGGAUAUAUCCUUAUGGCAGGCACAUUUGUCUACGGCCCGCUUAUGAUUUCCUAUCUGGCCGAGACCUUUUCGAGCUUGGCCGACGAGCGUGCCUUGAUCCUGGGUAUCGCACAGACGCUGGGAGCAACCUUCACUGCCUGGCUGCCGCUUCAGAUAUUCAAUACCGGAACACAGGGGCCGUUGUUCCACAAAGGAUAUCUCACCGUCAGCAUUAUGUCGGGCUGCCAGGCUAUCGGUGUUCUGCUGAUGUGGUACUUGGGGAGCAAAAUUACAAGGGAGUCCAGGGAGGCCGCAGAUCGACAGGCUGAUCUGUCACCGGUAGAAGAGAAGGGAGAGGGAAGGGAAAGUUUUGCAUAG